CCCUUGAAAGCUCUUCACUCACGGAGAUUCACAAUUAUCAUGAUGCAACCACAGAUAAUCUUGCUGAAAGAGGGGACAGAUUCCUCCCAGGGUGUCCCCCAAAUUAUCAGCAACAUCAAUGCAUGUGGUGCUAUCGCAGAUGCUGUGCGGACCACCUUGGGUCCCCGGGGAAUGGACAAACUUAUCAUUGACAGCAACGGAAAAGCCACAAUUUCUAAUGAUGGAGCAACAAUCUUGAAAACCUUGGACAUAGUUCAUCCAGCUGCUAAAACACUUGUGGAUAUUGCCAAGUCACAAGAUGCAGAGGUUGGCGAUGGUACAACAUCUGUUGUAUUACUGGCAGGGGAGUUUCUCAAACAGGCUAAACCAUACAUUGAUGAGGCUGUCCAUCCACAGGUUGUUAUUCGGGCAUUUAGGCGCGCUGCAGCACUGGCAGUUGACAAGGUGAAAGAACUGGCCAUGCAGAUCAAGAAAAACGAUCCAGAGGAACAGAGGAAGAUGUUGUUAAAGUGUGCGGCCACAUCGCUGAGUUCCAAGCUGGUAGCCCACCAGAAGGAGUUUUUCUCCAAGAUGGUGGUGGAUGCUGUGCUUAGUCUGGACGAGUUGUUGCCUCUAAACAUGAUUGGGGUGAAGAAAAUCACUGGAGGAGCUCUAGAGGAUUCUCGCCUUGUGGAUGGGGUAGCAUUUAAGAAGACAUUCAGCUAUGCUGGCUUUGAAAUGCAGCCUAAGAGCUAUACCAAACCAAAGAUGGCACUUCUCAAUGUGGAGCUGGAGUUGAAAGCUGAAAAAGAAAAUGCGGAAGUUAGGAUUGAUAACGUGGCAGAGUACCAGAAGAUUGUGGAUGCCGAAUGGAAGAUUCUGUAUGAUAAACUGGAGAAGAUCCACCUGAGUGGAGCCAAGGUUGUCCUGUCUAAACUGCCUAUUGGAGAUGUGGCCACACAGUAUUUUGCAGACAGGGACAUGUUUUGUGCCGGCCGUGUGGUAGAGGAAGAUUUGAAGAGGACCAUGAAGGCGUGUGGCGGCUCCAUCCAGACAUCUGUGGGCAACCUGAAUGAAGGCGUCCUCGGCACAUGUGAGAAGUUUGAGGAAAUGCAAGUUGGUGGUGAAAGGUACAACUUGUUCACUGGCUGUCCACAGGCUAAGACAUGUACACUGUUAUUAAGAGGUGGGGCAGAACAGUUCAUCGAGGAGGCAGAACGCUCCCUGCACGACGCCAUCAUGAUUGUACGAAGGGCCAUGAAGAAUGACUCUGUUGUUGCUGGUGGAGGUGCAAUUGAGAUGGAGCUAAGCAAAUACCUCCGGGAUUACUCUCGCACAAUUGCUGGCAAAGAACAGCUACUGAUUGGAGCAAUGGCAAAGGCUUUUGAAGUAAUCCCUCGACAGUUGUGUGAGAACGCUGGAUUUGAUGCGACAAAUAUACUCAACAAACUACGACAGAGUCAUGCACAGGGUGGCUGCUGGUACGGAGUUGACAUCCUCAACGAGGAUAUCACAGACAAUUAUGAGGCAUUUGUCUGGGAGCCUGCAAUUGUCAAAAUCAACGCUAUCACUGCCGCUGCAGAGGCAACCUGUCUCAUCCUGUCUGUGGACGAAACCAUCCGAAAUCCCAAAUCCGCCCAGGAAGGAGCCCCAGGGGGUGGUAUGGGGCGGGGUAGGGGACGGCCCAUGUAGAGAGAGGGCAGAGGACAUUAGGUUUUUUCAAUUGACAUGCUGAAUAUUCCUUUUCAUGUGUGAUACAGACAUUUCAGAAAUGCUGAACUUUAAAUAUCUAAGAAAUGAAAAUAGAAUAACUGCUAUACUAAGAGAGGAAAAAAAGAAAAUGUGAGAUUAGUAGGUCUUUGCUAAACAUAACCUCGUCUGUGUGGUUAAACUUAGUGAUCUGAAGGAAAUGAAAAAUGUUGGACGUUACUCUUCCUUUUUUCGUCUACUGAACAAGUUCUGAUUCGCUGUUUUGUGUCAAAAUUGUGCUACAAUGAGCAAAAUGUGCUAUUAUUUAACACAUGUAGAAUAUCACUAGGUUUGUCAAACUUUGAUCAUUUCUCGUUCAAUGUGUUCGGUUCAAAACCUUACAUUUUCAUUCAUUUGCUCAUUUCAAGACACAUGUUUCUCUGAUGAGUUAAGGGACUAGUGAACUAUGAACAAACUGAAUUUAUCUGUGUAAAUCAAGGUGUUGUUGCCUCAUUGAAUCUAUUUAUUAACAUUUUUUUUGUAUGCUUUGUGAUUUUUUUAUAAAAAAAAGUUUAUUAAAUCUUUAAGAAACAUG